AUGGUGAUGGGAAACCUGGGCCUCCUUGCCUUCAUUGCGGUCAGUCCCCAGUUCCUCACCCCCAUAUAUUUCUUCCUCAGCAACCAGUCCCCUGUUGACUUCUGUUAUUCUUCAGUAACAGUCCCAAAAAUAUCAAUGGGGUUCUUUUCUGAUUGCCAAGCAAACACCUGUGCUUCCCACCUGACAGCAGUCAGCCUGUGCUAUGGAACCACAGUGUUCCUUCACCUACACCUAUCCUCUAAGUCUCACCAGACAGAGAUAUGAUGAUCUCCGUUUUACACAGUGGCUAUUCCCAUGCUCAACCCCAUGGUCCAAAGUCUGAGGAACAAGGAUGUGAAGAAAGCAUUUGGGACUUCCUCGUGA